CCAAAACCCAUCCUGCCCACUGUUACUAUGAGGCGCUCUACUCGUAUUCUCAUUUUACUAGUGAUAGACGUUGUGUUCUUUUUCGUUGAGCUCAUCGUCGGAUAUGCGGUCGGCUCGCUCGCUCUUGUCGCGGACAGCUUCCAUAUGCUGAACGACGUUCUGAGCCUUGUAGUUGCGUUGUACGCAAUUAAGCUUACGAAUCAGCCCCGUAUCGACUCAAAGUACUCCUAUGGCUGGCAUCGCGCGGAGAUCUUAGCAGCACUCAUCAACGGCGUCUUCCUCCUCGCACUCUCUUUUUGGAGGCUGUCGGGAGAUUCUUCUCGACACCAGGUGAGCACAACGAUAGUUACUGGCCCAUCAGUAAAUAACACGCGAGAUUUAGAGAUAUCACAGCCUCGUCUCGUCGUGAUAGUCGGCUCCCUUGGAUUGGCAUCGAACAUAGUUGGGCUCAUUCUCUUCCAUGAACAUAGCCAUGCGCACGAUCACAGUAAGACUGCCCCCGUCACGCAUACACCUAGCGUCCGCAGACGGAGUGGAAGCGAUUCCAGUCGUACCUCGCUUUUCGGCCUCCCUGCGGCGACACGUCAGUAUAUGGUGCAAACUCUGAACGAAGCCGCUCGUGCGGAGUCUUCAAGGGAAGAUGGUGGCCAUGAAUCCUUCGUCGACGAGCAUACUGCGUUGUUAGGGCCGGGACAGUCCCAGGAUGGAAGUGACCCGGAGGUGCGGCAUGGAAAUAGCUCACGUAGUGCGACCUCGGGUCACGGCCACGGCUCAAUGAACAUGCGCGCCCUGCUCCUGCACGUUUUCGGCGACGCCCUCGGAAACGUCGGCGUCAUUGCCACGGGGCUUGUCAUCUGGCUCACGCACUGGAGCUGGAAAUACUAUUUUGACCCCAUCAUCAGCCUGGUCAUUACCGUUAUCAUUUUCUCUUCUGCUCUACCUCUUGUGCGGAGCACGGCCUUCAUUCUCCUCCAAGGUGUCCCAACCACAGUGUCGCUUGAUGAAGUCCGCUCCGCAAUUCUCGCAGUCGAUGGCGUGCUGUCGCUCCACGACUUACACGUCUGGCAGCUAUCAGAGAGCAAGAUCGUCGCUUCCGUCCACGUGAUGGCGUCUAGGAAGCACGAUUUUAUGCCAGUUGCCGCAGAUAUCAGAAAAGCUUUGCACGAGCACGGCAUUCAUUCGAGCACCAUCCAGCCGGAAUACCAAUCACAUAACGUAACACCCCGGGAACCGUCAGAGACGGACAGUAACAACUGCUUGAUACUGUGCCCGCCAGAUCAGACGUGCGCUGCGGACAAUGCCUGCUGCCCACCUCCGCCAGCUCAAGAAGUCUGAACAGAAAUCAACAUUGCAGCUGUUGUCCUUGGUGGGUUAGAUAACCACUUUCAUUGCUAUCUGGUUAACUAGUUGAUCGUGAGGCCGUCCUCGGUCAGUUGCGCUCCGCUUGAAAUCAUAAGAUAUGUCUGCUGCAUUGCAGAGCGCAUUUGUAUUAUGCCAUCAUUCGAUUUGCAACUCCUGUGUCGAAUUAGCUGCCUUAUAGCCUGGCUUCACUCUAAUUUGAACA